AUGGAGGCGACAACGCCAUCCCGUCCGGCUCUUCAGGGCGAAAACUCUGCCUAUUUCACUAGGCCCCAGGACCCCGAGUCCCCCUCGAACCUCCAUGCUGCGAAACGCAGAAAGGACCAGCAUGGUCACCAACAACCCCCUCAUCCCACGCUGGGAUCUGAAUCCGCCUCGGCGGCUAUACAGAACCAGCUCGACGAAGCCGACCGCAAGGCCAGGGUCAGGCGAGAGGUCCUCGGCUCCCUUGCCGAGACCGUCGACAAGUUCGUCGCGGACCGCAAGCAGCCCGACGAGCGGGCGCUUGCGCAGAAUAUCUGCGAACGCUUCAUCGAGUUCAUCACGAUGUCGGAUUAUGCCGACACCAACGGGGCCGACCGCGUCCCAACCCGGGUACGCUCCAGCCAGCUGCCUGCCAUAUUCUGA